CACCCAGUUUCAUCAAGUACAGAGAGAGAAGAAUACUCCUCACAAGUGCCUCGCUGACUGAUUCAGCGACACCUGCUGAUUUGAUGUGAUGAACACUUUGGCCCUGACAUUUCUCGGGACUGCCUCAGCGUACCCGACCCCGUCGAGAUGUGUCUCUUGUACGGCUCUGUCUCAUGACGAAGGAAUCUGGCUGUUUGACUGUGGAGAGGGUGCCCAGGUUCAGCUCAUGAAGAGUCCACUCAAGCCGGGGAAAAUCAGCAAAAUCUUUAUCACCCAUCUGCAUGGUGACCAUUCAUUUGGCCUCCCAGGCCUACUGUGCACCGUCUCACAGAACAGUCUGCGCACAGAGCCGCUGGAGAUUUACGGGCCGGUGGGUCUACGUCACUUCGUGUGUACCAACCUGGCCCUGUCACGUGCUGACGUCUGCUUCGACUUCAUCGUCCAUGAGCUGGAGACUAUCCCUGAGCAGCAGCCCCUGGAUGCUGAGGAGUGGCCUCUCCAAGUGCCAUCCUCCGUCCCCUUCCACCCGUGUGAGCGAGAGGGUCGUCUGAUCCGACCCGAUGACAAUUUAAUCUGGCACUUGUACUCUGACCCGAAGCUGACCGUCAAGGCAGUGUGGGUCAAACAUCGGGUACCCAGUUUCACAUUUGUCGUCCAAGAGUCUCCCAAAUCUGGAAAACUUGAUGCCUCCAAGCUCAAGGCUAUGGGCGUGCCCCCCGGACCACUGUACGCAAAACUGAAGGCUGGCCAAGCUAUCUCCCUGGAAAAUGGACAGAUGGUGUCUCCAUCAGAGGUUGUGGGCCCUUCCAUUCCCGGGCGGACGGUGGUGGUGUCCGGUGACUCGUGCGACUCGAGCGAGCUGAACAAAGUGGCCCGCGGGGCGACCGUCUUGGUGCAUGAAGCCACGCUGGAGAACUCGCUGUGGGAGCAGUGUGUGCAGAAUGGCCACUCCACGCCUGAAAUGACGGCCACUCUGGCAAAAGAACUGGAUGUUAAGAUGUUGGUCAUCACCCAUGUGAGCCAGAGGUACAAGACACGGGCGGCUGAGCUGAAGGAGGGAGAUAGAAGUGUCCAGAUUUUGCUAGACGAAGCGUUGGAGAUUCUGCCAGCUGACAAAGUGAUUCUGGCCGAGGAUUUUGCCGUCUACACAGUACCUCAGCAGCCUCCUGGGGGUUCUGCUUCGAAUAUGACAUAGGAGCGUCGGAUGUGGCAAUAUGGGUGCAGAGUAAGAACAUAUUCCCGGUGGUCAAAUCGAUAAUUGACUAUUGGUCAAACCGCCCAUUGGUCAAAUGGACCAGAUCGGCAUGAUCAAAUAGGAUCAAAUAAUGGUGCUGGCCGGCGCACACUGUCAAAUGGACUUCUGCUGUGUUUUUUAAAAUCAAAUAUGACACAGAAGUCCAUUGGGGCCAAUCACAUUCCGUUCCGUACAGUGGCUGAAGAUCUGACCCUGCAAUGUCAUGUGACACAAAGGUGUUUUUUGAUUGGUUGUUUGUUACAAUUUUAGUUAGCACAUAGGACACUGAGUGAUUGUAACCCAGAAAAUCAAAGUUAUUGAUUUUUGAAGGGUUGUUUCAAAUAUUGUGCCGGGGGGGCACUUAAUCUGUCACAGUGACUUUGUGAUAAAAUGGAUAAAGAGGAGAUAAUUCAUAUUCAGCCAAAACUAUCUGGUUAAAAGUAGGUAGUACAAACCAAAAAUUCAAACCUGUUGUAAAUUGCAAAUACAGUGUUUAUUUAGAUACUGCUUUUCACAUAAGGAACAAUGCAAAAAACCAGAUCAAAUUAUCUUCAUAAAUUAAAAAGUCACAAACAUUUAAAGAUUUUCCAACUUAGAAUUUUCAAGGACAUUUUUAGAAAGUCCAAAUUCUGCCAGCUUUGAACAUGAAUAACAUAAGAGAAAAUUAUCUGAAACUCAAAAUGUUUAUAUUUCUCUAAAGCUUAGGACAAUGGUAUUCUAAAAAACUCAAAGAAAUUCUUAUAUAAUUGUUUAAAAAAAAAGAAAUUUAGGCCUGAUGUAAAAGUGAAAAAUCAAGGCAUUUCACACAAAAAAUGUAACACAUUGGCUCCGAGACCAUUUUGAGAGUUUCACAGUAUAAGAAUGAGGCAUCACACAGAGUUCCUACUUUAUGGAUCAUCACCCCUGAACACAAAGAUUAAGCUCAAUUUUUUUCAGACAUGACACAAGUACAGAAUUAACAAUAAUCCACGUUCAAGUUGGCAAAAAGGAAAAAAUCACGCGUCGACAGAAAAUUGCAGUUUUCGGACAUUUCCUUAGUAUUUAAAAGACCAUAACUUUUGAUCUAAUGAAGCUAUAAUAACAAAUCUUAUAUCAAAAUCUUCAGCAUUUCAAGACCUGUGCAAAGCAGUUAAAAACAUUUCUAUCAAGAAAUGGCUACAUGCUCUUUUGGUUGAGAAAAGCAGACAUAUGUGACAAUAUUCAUGAAAAAAAUACGAGUAUCAAACGACUCAGGAAUAGAUCUAGUUGUUUUGUUGAACUUUUCUAUUAAAGAUCUAUAGUCACCAAUAUUUGUAUCUUUAUACAAAUAUAAUACAAAGUAAUAUAUAUAUGUCCUUAUUUUAAAGACAAGAAUAGGUGGUGGAGGUUAGGUUACCGGACUCGUAAUUGUGAAAUUGCGGCUUUGUAGCUCUGGUUGAUUGUCAUCUUCUUCCUGUUGGCUUCAAUCUUGUGUUGCAGUUGCCCCUCAGUCACAAUCUGAUCUGGAAAUAACUCCAAGAACCAGGAUAGAACCUGUGGAAGAGACCAUAUAUUCAAUUCUUUAGAGUUUGCUGUGAUAUUAAUAAGUACCGGUACUUCAUACAAAAUUGGACAAAAGCUCCCGCAGUGUGAAUCUAUUUAUUUUUCAACAAGUACAAGUUACAACAAGAUCAUAUUAUGUAUAAAAUGUUAUAAUUUAUAAAAACUGGGCAGCAAUCUCAGCUCUGAGGAAUUCCAAAGCGUAAUAUUAUUAGGUGCAUACAGCAAAAUUUGGGCAGAAGCUCCCGUGGCCCAGGCAUUUUUUUUUAGCACACAAGUUCACAUAAAAAUUGAGCAGAAGCUCCCACGGCCCGAAGGCACUUUACAGGAUAGAUAAACCGUAAGAUAAAUGAUACAGCUAACGCAGUUCCUCCCAACCCGCUAAAAAAGAGGGGGUGGGGGGGGGGAGAGGUUAAUGAUCUACUUACAUGGCCCCAUGUUGAUUGUCCUUCUCUGACUAAGAACAGCUGAGCCAGAACUUGGUUUGUCAAACCGACAGAGGGUAGGUUUUAGGGCAUCAUCCUUUCCCAUUCAUCAGAAAGCGGCUCUUCCUUGCAGCAUAUUGAUCACCUGUCGAUUGAAAUGUCAAGAUAUUUUGUAAGAUAGGCUUAGUAGGAGAUUUAACAUACAGAUCUAGGGGUGCUUAUAAAACAUAUAAAUGAACAACAGGUUAAGUUUGUUGUUUAUGUUUCUACUCUCGACAGGAAAACCCAAUGAAAACAGCCAAUCAUAUGUCGACUUUUAUUAAGAGAUUAUCAUCGCUAAAAAUAGCACACCAGAGGCCAAGUCAUUCCGCUCGUGUUUUGCUUAUUCUUCAUGUCCAAGUACUUUGACAUUUUGCAGACAUGUUAAAAAUAUAAUCCUUGAUACCAAUUAUUACACAGAAAAACAAUUUAAACUUCAUCAUAAAAUUAUUCCAUCACGUCAGGAUGAAAACAAGCUCUGGUUUCACCGUCAUCGUCAGACACAAUGAUGGAAUAGCACUUCAAUCUUCUAGGCAUCUAUUUGUUUAAGAAACAGCACAUUAAUUCAUUAACAAACACUUCUUUAUGAUAAAUACUUACAUGUUUUCAUCAGAUGAGUCCAGUUUAAAUUAGAAGCAGUUAGCGAUGUCUCGUUUUGCAUUUCACCCGAAUCCUGGCCGAAACUCGCUCCGGCUGGUAGAACAGCGGGAUUCUCCAUGUUGCCUUGGCCGCGUCCAGGCAAAGUAGCUUUACGUAGUCUUAAACUCGAUCAUCUCAGUCCAUCCUGGUGCGUUCUAUUACGUUUUGAACAUAACACAUUUGUAGAUAAAAGGGUGCUGCAUCUGACUGUGGAGCGUUUUUUUCGAAAAAAAAGUCCAAAAUCCAUGAUAAAUCACACUUUCAAAACUUUACACGAACAUUCGUAAGGGAUCCUGAAAGCAAAACGAGAAAAAGGUUUCAUCCGGAAGUAUAGCAGCUUUUCCAGAUUUUUAUGGUCGAGACCGCAAAGAAAUCCGACGUUCCAGGUCCGAGAUAUCGAUGAUUAAAAAAUAUCUAUGACAAAAAUCACGGAUUUUGCUCUCGCCAACCUGGGUCUAUUUGCAUUUUACUGGUUCACUUCAAAACCCAAUAAAUGGGUUUAAAGUUAAAUAAAAGUAGAUUUAAACUUAUUGAUAUAACAGACGAAAUGUUACCGAUCAAUGUGGGCACAUUUUUAUGGCCAAAUUUGAAAUUAAAAGACAUAAAAAUGACUUGGUUAAACAUGCGAAAAUCUGCAUUUUUCUCCGUCACGUCCGAGCUUUCCAAUCGGCAGCGCGCGGGGCUUGGACUACCCAAUAUUACACUGUUCCAUAAUAAGGAUGAAGGUAUAAAAUCCAGCAGAGCAAACCAUUUACUGAAAACACUGAUACUCUUUGAAAAAUUGAUUAUGAUAAAAAAAUAUU